CAGCGGCCUCCCGGCGCUUCGGGCCGCCUCCGAAGAGGCGACGAUGGCGGGCAGCCCGGCGCGAGGCCAGCGCUCGGGCUCCAAGGUAUCCCGCGCACCGGCGCAGGUCAGCUCCGACGUGGAGGAGCUGCAGAGCCGCUUGCAAGAGACCCUGGACGUGCUGACCCCGCACGAGCUGCGCAGCUUCCGCUUCAUCCUCAAGAGGCUGGACGUGGAGCCGCGGGUGAGCCAGCUGCGCCUGGAGCUGGAGGGCGGCAGCGCGUCUGGGCUGGCCAGCCUGCUGGCCAGGCACUAUUGUCUGCCCACCGCGCCGCGCGUGGUCGUCAUGGUGCUGCAGCAGUUGCGCCGCGCCGACUUGCUACCCCUCUGGCAGAGCCGUGCGGCCCCGGACAGCGAGGUGAUUCCAAGAAAGAGUCUGAAGAGAAGCUAUGAUUGUGUGGACGGUGACUUGGACAGUUAUGAUCUGAGCGGCAAGCGGAAGGCCUUCCUCAUGUGUGUGAAGAAGCACAGGCCGGGGGCGAACCAGGACAUCGAGCUCAUGAAGGAGUGGCUUGGCCAUUGCCGUUUCGAACACACCUCCUGCAUCGAUCCCGACAAAAUGGAGUUACUUGAACAAAUAACAUUAUUUCGGGAUGAGCUCAAUGAAAUUAGAGACAAAAUUGGCUGCUGCAUUGUCACUCUCAUGUCCCACGGCGAGCAAGGCUUUAUUAAAAUGAAAGAUGGUGAGAAAGUCAGCCUGGAAAUCAUUUUUGAAAUGUUCAACAAUAAGAACUGCCCUGCUCUUCAGGAGAAGCCAAAGAUCUUUAUAAUUCAGGCCUGCAGGGGAGAGAAGAGAGACUGUGGUGUUGAGACGGAUGAUGAGCCCAUGGAUUCUGAUGACAUCUGUGAGAAGCGGCGGCUGCCCACGUUCAGUGAUUAUUUCAUCAUCUACCCCACCCAGCCAAAUCAUGUAGCUCUCCGGCACUGCAUUAAGGGCUCUGUGAUGAUUGAGGCCAUGAUUGAAGUCUUUAAUGAGUACGGGAAUCGGUGGCACAUCGCGGACUUCUUCACCAAAGUGAAUAGCAGAGUGGUGCAGAAGGAAUUCUCUCUAUACGAGGAACCUGUGAAAGUAUCACUCGUAAUGGAAUCGACUUUAACUAAGUCUGUGUAUUUUUGACCGAAUCAGGAAGACUUUAAGACAAGGACUCCUUUAAGAUAGACUUCACAGAGAUCUGUGAAGGUUUGUAGCAUAUUACUAAUGGUUCUAUUUUGCAUUAUUUCUGUCACUUGCUAUACAUUUCCAGUUUGUUUUAUGUUUGUUUUCCUAGGAUUUAUGACAUGUAUUUGCUACUUGUAAAUAUUUUCGACUUUUCUAAAAUCGCGGCUUUCUAAAAUGUCAUUCCUGGAUUGUUAUCAGA